CCUCAGUCAAUCUGCUUCCUCCGUGUUCGCUUCACUGCAUACAGGAAAUCUAUUGCUGUGUCAAGUUCCAGAGAAGAGUUUCUUCUGUUCCAACUUACGAAUCAGCCUGAGACACAGAGUGGAAGGAGGAGGUUGGUAGAAAGGGAGUGUCCUGUUGUGGAUGGGCUAAGAGGAUCUAGCUCCGAGCCGCUAACCAGAGAGAGCCCCACCAUGUCCAGAGCUCCUUUCAUACCUGUGUGGAGGCAAAGUACCAAGUAAAGGCAGAAUACGAGAAAUCGGAAAUGCCCUGCACUAGGAGAACUCCUAAACCACGGCUUCUACCGAUUUUGACUGUCUACUUAGCCCUCGAGUGCAUACGUGCAGGAGUGGGAAGUUCUGGGAUACCAGGGAACUCAACAAAGCAGCAAACAGCUUCAACACAUAGUUCAUCUGUGAAAGGAAAGGAGAGAAGCCUCACACUUCCUGCAGAAGCUAACUCUUCUCUGUCCGUACCUGUGGAUACAAAGGCUGUGCUCCAUUGUCCUCCUGACAACUCCACAGCUUUGGUGGUAACAUGGACAAUAAGCCCCAGAGACCAGCCUCCCUGCACUAGAGCCUACAGGAGAGACAACAAUGAGACCAGUGAAAGAAACUGUACUGAUGUGAGAAUAUCCUGGGAGUCCAGACCUGAUCAAAAUCCUGCCCUUCAGAUUGACCCCGUGGCCAUCACUCAUGACGGAUAUUACAGGUGUGAAGUGGCUGCACCUGAUGGGCAUUUUGGUCAUACAUAUUGCCUCCGCGUGUUAGUGCCCCCCAAGGUGACACUGUUUCAAGACAGCAAUGGAACUAUUGUGUGCAGGGCAGCUGCAGGGAAGCCAUCUGCACAGAUCUUCUGGACCCCAGAGGGAGAUUGUCACACUGAGGAAGAACUGCUGGGCAAUGGUACAGUGACCGUCCAGAGUACAUGCCACUGGGAGGGCCGCCAGGUGUCUACUGUGUCCUGCUCUGUCUCCCAUGUGACUGGCAACAAGUUCUUAGAGCUGAAAACAGGUGACCAGUUAUCACCAAACUCUACUUUUUAUAUAACCUCCUUUUUUUGGUUUGCCUUGGUUUUGGUUGCCUUGGUCAUUGUGGGAUCCAUUGGGCUUUGGAAAACCCGUUGCUGCAGAAAAUGCAAAUUAAAAAAAACAGAAGCUACUUCAGUUGUUGAGGAGGAAGAAAUGCAGCCUUAUGCCAGCUACACAGAGAAGAACAAUCCACUCUAUGAUACUGUGAGCAUGAAGUGGUCUCAGGUGUUACAAAGUAAAAUUGAUAGACUGUAUCUCCAUACUUCAUAAGUUUUUGGAUUCUAGCAGCAGAACAAAUGAAUAAAUAUAAGGCAGAGCUACUAUUUUGAUUUUCUUAGAGCUCUAUUAUGGAAAACCUAUUUUGGAAUUAGCUUUUCAAGGAUUCUGAGAAGAUAGAGAUUUUUAAAGAGUUUGGAUACAUAUCCUUUUGUAAUUGAAAUUUUAGAAUAUUAGCUGCUAUUAGCUAGUUCUCUGAAGAACUGAUAUUAUUACAAAGAAAGCAAAUGCUCAUGAUAAAAUAUUCAAAUUAUUUAGUAUAAUAGGUAAUGGAAACUGAGUUUCCUCUAGAAAGAACUCUGUAGAAGGAACAAUCAACAUAUUUUAUGUAUUCUUCCUGAAAAUUUUAUGUAUAUACAUCUGUACACCCAAGGUAUGGGUGUAUAUUCAUAGGUCUAUUUACAUAUAUCUACAAAUAUCCUUGCUAAGACACAAAUGGGAACAUAUCACGAUGCUCUUCUGCACUUAUAGAGAGCUAAUAAUAUGAUAGGUCUUGGAGAUCUUUUAUAUCAAAGAAACAGAGCUACCUCAUUCUUUUUAAUGGUUAUACAAUUCCAUUGUAUGGUUAUGUCAUAAUUUAAUUAACUACAGUCCUAGUGAUAGACAUUUAGAUUCCUUUAAGUUUUGUUUGUUUCAGUAUUAUAAGUAAUACCACAUAGAAUGUUUCUUGUAGAAAGAUCUCUUUGUAUUUGUUUAAGUAUAUUUAUGGAAUAAAUAUAGUGGAAUUUCAGGUCAAAAGGGUUUGUGCAUUUUUUUUUAUUGAAUUGGUAUGUCAAAUUGUAUCAAUUUACAUUCCCUUCAAACGUGUUUGAAUGUGCCUUUCCAUAUACUGUUAUUUAGUAUCUACCAAUUCCCACUUCUUGUUUUUAACUAAUGUAAUAUAUGAUUAUAAUAAAAAUUACACUGUUUGACGAAA